GUCAAAAAAAUCACGCUUGAGUCAGUGCGAAUUGUGAGAAAUGUUUUGCAAAAAUAGUCGAAUCUUUGAAACGUGUGUGUUUACGUGUUAUUUUCUAUAGUUCGCCUCUUUUUUGAUAAACUAGAAUGAGUAAAACAAAUCCUUUAGUUGGAUUGAUUGGGUACGGAGACUCUGAUGACAGUGACGAUGAUGUGCCUUCAAGACCUGUUGAGAAGUCAUCAAGGGCCCAGCCUCCAUUACCGAGCCCAGCGGUACAUGAACCCAACCCAGGGGUGCACCCUGCACCUAUACCUCAUUGUGCCUGGUCAGCAUGUUACGAUGAGAGCAGCGGGUUCACCUACUACUGGAACCAGCACACUAAUGCGGUGACUUGGGAAGCCCCGCAGGAAUACUUGAUGGCAUUGAAGUUGGCACAACAUCAGUUGCAUGCUUCAGGUUCAGCAGAAGUAUCAGCCGAAGAGUGGCAGCUGUACCAACAGACGCUUGCCGAGAAGAACACACAGGCCAAAAGCAAGAAACCAGACCAAGCCAAACCAAAGACUGUAGUUAAGAAUGGUGCCAAGCGGAAACCAGGCAGUGAUGAUGAACAUGAAAAAAUAGAACUAAUAACAUCCUACCACAACUCAGACUCCGAAUCCAACGAUGAAGAAACCCCAGCCAAGGCCCCCAAGCCUAUAGCCAAGCCAGCCAAGCCAACAGUCCCAAAGAACCCACACAAGAAACAGAAGACCAAGCCUGUUGAGUACGGACCGAGCUUGCCCAGCAACCAGAACUAUACUGUGCCGAUUGGCCCUGAGCUGCCUCCGGGGAUGGCGGUUGAGCCGGCGGUGGACGAUAAGACACAAGCAAAGACUCCGCCUUUAGCAGAAAAUGAUGAUAGCUUAGAAGAAAAAACAUUGUUCAUGAGAUUAAAGGAAAAAGCCAAAUUAUUAGAAAAACUUGGUGGAGAAAUACCAACAGAAUUACAGAACAUGAUCAAAGAAGAUACAAAGGUCGCAUCUCCUAAAGUUGUGGAUGAAACUAGCAGAGACAGUAAAAUUGACAAUAUUGAUGAUUUGUUAGAUGAGAUUGAAAAGAAAGAGUUGCCUAAAGUUAAGUCUAAGAAGACUGAUAUGUUUGGUGAAGAUUCAAAUAGUGGUAAAAAUACGCCUGUAGGUACUCCACCUAGAGAAGUGAAACCAUUAUUCCCAAGUAGCAAAGCUAUAGAAGAGACACCACCACUGCCACCAGUUCCUGCUACUACUGUAGUUGAAAAUGGGGUAGAAAAACCAGAAAUACCAGAAAAGAAAGUUAACUUAUAUUUGGCUGACACAGAAGUAAAAGAAAAUCGCAAAAAGCUAAGAAUUGAUAAUUCCAUCCUUCCCGAAAGAAAGAAACCCGAAGUCCCAGCUUAUACCACAAAAUAUUCACAAUAUAUAGAAGGAUUCUCAAGUGAGAGAACCGGAUUAGGUUUUAAAGAAGAUGACAGCGAAAGUCCAAAAGUGGCGACUGUCAGUUAUGGAAACGGUUUGUCAUUUACUAAAGGGGAAGUUCUGAAUGAAGAUAAGCGGGAUGAAGAUUUGGAUGCGAUGUCUGACUUGGUGGAAGCCAAGUUGAAGUUUCUAAACGAGGUGCAACCUUGUCAGGUGCCUCCCGUGCAGGAGAUGUUGAUACAAUGGCAGACGUUGGUGUCGGCGUUCCGCGGCGGCGCGCUCUCGGCCCCGUACUGGCGGCGCUGGGUGCGCGCCGGCGAGCAGGCGCUGCGCCAGCUCGAGCAGCGCGCCGCGCCGCCCGGCUGGACCACCGCCUUCCAGAGGUCCGAGGGGCGCUACCGCUACCGCCGCGAGGCCGACGGCUUCACGCAGUGGGAGUACCCGGCCGCCGAGACCAUGGACAUGGAGAUAUGCACCACACCACCACCCGAGGAACCUAAGGAACCGGUGCAACCCCCGCUGCCGCCGGCGCCGCCCCCCGCGCACCCCGCGCCCGCGCCGCCCGCCGCCGCCCCCCGCGUGCGCACCCCGCCCCCGCCCGCCUGGCGCGACCCGCCGCCGCCCGGCACCGCCGACCCGCCGCCGCUGCCACCGGAACCGAAGAAAGAGAUAGGCGACGAGCUCCUCUCGUUCUACAGCGACAUCGCCGAGCUAGAGAAGUCGACCACGCCCCCGGCGCCCGCCUCCCCCGAACGGCCCCCGCUGCCGAAGGAACCGGUGGAACUGAAGGAAUCUAAAGACAAAGAAACUAAAACUACGAAAAAGAAAUCUAAGGUGAAGAUAUCAUCCUCGAUCGGGCUGAAACACAAGACGGUGUCAAGCAUGGUGGCCAAAUGGCAGCAGGUCGCCGACGAGAUACACUCCGACUAGACUACCCACUCAUAUGUCUAUUAUUAUAUUAUGUAUACGGUGUUUCAACAUUUACUCGUAA